AUGCAAAUCCUUAAAUUAAUAUUUGUUAUUCAAAUAAUCAUAAAUUCUAAUUUAACACAGUCAUCUAAACCGAAAAAGGACACUGAAAAGAACCCAGAGGAUGUUUGUGAUGGAGUAUCCCAGGGAAUACUAUCACUAGUGAAUGAACACAAUAAUUUGGACGACAGGACCGUUGUCACUGCCGUUUUAAACAAGGAAGGUCUCAAACUCUUAAAGGGAAAUGAGGAAUUUAAGAAGUUAAAGCUUUCUAAAAUACUCCCUCCCAUUUUGAUACUUCCAGAUUCAAACGAGUGUUUAAAGAUACACUCGGAUAAGGAACCCUUAAUUCUAUGUUCUUUCAACGAGUACUCUCGAAAUGCUUGGUGGCUUCAACUAACAAAGCAAAUUCUAUGCAACAACAGAGGCAAGGCAAGGAACGAAGUUUAUGGCGAUUCAUCGAUAGAAGAACAGGCAGAGGAUCUUGAGCAUAUUUUCAACAAGGACGAUAAAACUGGAAUCAAUAUACACAUUGAUGGAAACGAAACCGAACUGCCCCAAAUAAAAGUCCACUACAAAGGUUAG